AUGGCAGAACCAACGGAAACGGCCCGUAUUUCAGACUGGCACUCAAUUCUUACGCUCAUCGUCUUCCUGGUCACAAAUAUUGUGGUGCUCUUCCCAUUCCACAUUCCUUUUUACGCCCCUCGGUUCGUUAUACGUGCCGUCCUGGGCUGUUUAAGCGCCAUUCGAGUGAUAUCACCAACCGGACGCGCGACCCAACAUGGCUCACUUCAGGAGCAGAAGGGGCCCGGCGACACCAAGCAUUUUGUUCGCCUCCGACUUCCAAUGAAUUUUGUCACCGCGCCUCUCAUAGCGGACCUCUUUCUGUUGGCAGUAGGGGCCAUUGGCCGACAAGAAGUCCAUGAUGGAACAAUUGGCGCAAAUAACAUUUCGCCAAUCGACAUCAUGGCUUUCUUCCUUACGCUUGCCUACAUUGCCAUUUCGAUCGAUGCAUCCGGUCUUAUUCGAUGGCUCGCCUUCAAGGUGCUCCAAUGGGGUGGAAAAGUCGGGCAUAGGCUAUUCUUCUACCUAUAUGCCUUUUUCUUCGCAUUGGGAAGUUUUAUCGGCAAUGACCCCAUCAUUCUCUCGGGCACAGCUUUUCUCGCCUACAUGACACGAGUGUCGAAGAACAUCGACCAUCCGAAAGCCUGGAUUUACAGUCAAUUCGCCGUCGCCAAUAUCGCAUCAGCUAUUCUUGUGUCAUCCAACCCGACGAAUCUGGUACUUGCUGGAGCGUUUGAUAUCAAGUUCAUCCACUACACAGCCAACAUGAUUGUCCCCGUUGUGAUAACGGCCGUGGUUUUAUUUCCGUUUCUUCUAUAUUUUGUCUUCGCCGACCCGUCCCUCAUACCCACCUCGAUUGAGAUGGAGACACUUUCGCAGGAAGAAAAAGCGAAAGCCCCAGUCAAUCCAAAUAUUCCCUACGCACGCGGGGCAAUUAACAGCGAAGACGAAAUGUCGGCCAGCGACGAUCCAAGGAAACUCCUUCCCCUGGAGGAGAUCAUGAAUCCUUUCCUUGACAAGCGCGGUGCUGCAUUCGGAGCUGUCAUUAUGGCCACGACACUCAUCACGGUGCUUGCUCUGAACGCUGCCAGCACGAGCAGCGGCGAACAUCCAGUUUUCUGGGUAACCCUCCCCGCUGCUUUUGUCAUGUUCUGUUGGGACAUUGCGUCUGGGUGGCACGAUAGGGAGAAGACUCGAGAGAUUGCGAGAAAGGGACGCCGAGAAGCAGAACGAGCCAGAACUGAGAAGGCAAAUAGGUCUAAGGAUGCUGAAACAGAAAAGAACCGACAACGCGAGAUGCAGGAAAUGAUGGCGAUUCAACCAGAGCCGCCCAACACGACACCACAAGGUCAAAUUCAGAUCAAUGUCACGAAUGCCGAUAACGAUAUGCGUUCGGCGGCAUUAAUCAACCAGUCUCCUGAUCUGACCCCUCCCUCGCCGGAUAGUGACGAGAGUCAUACUACUGUUCCGAGUUCGCCUUCAACCUCUUCAACCUCCACCAAAGUAGAGGGGACCAACAAUUUUGAGAGAAGUCCAUCAUUGGCCGAUGCGAUGUGUUCAUUAGAACGGACAGAAUCUGGCGUUUUUGUCGCCAACUCGACGGGCCAAAAACCUGAUGAGAGUCUCCCGGGUCCAGUGAUUUCAGAAGGCCGGAAGGGAAUUGCAGAAGAUUCCCCACCGAGACAAGACGCCAGGCCUACAACAUUGGUUUCACUUAUCAAGAAGGGAUAUAGCUGGCUGCAGGAUACGUUCCCCACAGCCACUGUCGUCAUCUCACAUCUCCCCUUCGCCCUGGUGCCCUUUGCAUUUGCCAUGUUUGUCCUGGUCCAAGCCUUGGUCACCAAAGGCUGGGUAAAGGUCUUUGCCUAUGGCUGGGAUCACUGGGUGAACAAAACAGGGACUGUGGGCAGCAUAGGAGGAAUGGGGUUUCUCUCUGUCAUUCUCUGCAAUUUCGCAGGCACGAAUAUAGGGACCACGAUUCUUUUAUCCCGUGUUAUCCAAGAAUGGGUCAACAUCCAUCACGAGAACCGUACUAGCAUCAGCGAUCGGACUUUUUGGGGCACAGUGUAUAGUAUGGCACUUGGUGUUAAUUACGGAGCGUUCAGCACCGCAUUCAGCGCAUCACUAGCAGGACUUCUUUGGCGCGACAUUCUCGCUCGCAAGCAUAUUCACGUCAAAGCUGUUGAAUUUGCGCGGGUCAAUUUCCCUAUCAUCGCCAUUGCCAUGGUCGUCGGCUGUUCAGCACUGGUUGCUGAGGUCUACAUUAUGAGACACAACACCCCGUACAAGGAAUUCUUGUAA